AUACAUAGCUCACUCUUCGAACAGCUUGAUUCAGGUCGUAUAACUCACAAGGAAUCUCAAAGGAAGUCAUUCCUCAGCUCGAUCCUCUCCUCGACCCAGCGCCGCGCCUCGUUUCCCCAUGGCUUCCCAGGCGUGGACCGACAUUCUGAACCAGCUCAACCGUGAUGUCGCUCGUGAGAACCCCCAAGAUAUCGUCCAAUGGGCUUCGGACUGGUUUCAGAACCGUCUCAAAGCAGAGCGUCUCGGAAAGACCACUAUAAACCCCACCAAAAGGGGACCUCCUGGGACACUAUCUUUCGUACCUCCUCCAGGAGUUCAAGCCACCCAACCUCAUUCUCUCUCUCCAUUCUCAGAGCUGGGACCUCCAGACUCACCUUUCGGUGGUCCCAGGAGGGCCACCGUACCCACCGGCUCGAACUCAGGGUCUUCCUUCUCCUCUGCACCCAUUUUCAAACCUCCCUUCGGUUUGGCUCCUCCCAUAGCUCCUACUGAAGAUGUUUCGCCUUCUGACGAAACGGGAGGAUUUUCUUCUGAAUCUCCGUUCGGCCCUCCACCCACACAUCAUCACGACGACGAACCUAUCGUCCCUUCAUACGCUCUUGGUAGACGUACUUCGGUAUCAGCAGAAUCUCUCGUUCCCGCAAAUCAAAGGCCUUAUCCUCCCACUGGAGGUUUAGAAUCAACGCUCGAAGAAGAUGAAAACUCUGUAACCCCUAAGCAUAGUCCCAUGCCGGUGUAUCCAAAGACGGAACAACAAGUCGCUCGGAUCAGAUCUGCUAUCAAGCCAAACUUUCUGUUCCGCAACCUUGACGAAGAGCAGGAAGCUGAUGUUCUCGCCGCCAUGAAAGAAGUGUCGCUAGAUGCAGGAGAAAUGAUCAUCGAACAGGGUGCUGCGGGAGAUUAUUUCUAUGUUGUUGAGAGCGGCAAGCUCGAUGUGUUUGUGAAGAAAGAAGGGCAGGUGCUUGACCCGGAGAAGGGAGACAGAUCUUUGUUGGGCAAGAAAGUGGCGACGUGUGUUGAGGGCGAUUCGUUUGGCGAGCUGGCGUUGAUGCACAAUGCCCCUCGUGCAGCUUCCAUCAUCUCCAUUACACCAUGUACUGUGUGGGCUCUUGACAGAGUGUCUUUCCGGACUAUCUUGCUGGAUCACACCUCACGCAAACGAAGACUAUAUGAGACUUUCUUGUCUGAAGUACCCAUCCUCGCUUCUCUUCAACCUCAAGAACGAGCCAAGAUUGCCGAUGUACUGGAAUCACGCACCUUUGCAGCCGGGGAGAAUGUUAUCACUGAAGGUGACGCAGGCGAGGAGUUCUUCCUCAUUGAGAGCGGUCAGGCCGUAGCCGUCAAGAAGAGUGAAGGGGGUGAGACUAUGGUAAAGCAACUUGGUAAAGGGCAUUACUUUGGGGAAUUGGCUUUGAUCAACCGCCAAACCCGAGCGGCGACCGUUCGUGCCGCUUCAGACAAGCUCGUCGUAGCUGCCUUGGGAGAACAAGCUUUCACCCGACUGCUAGGACCAGUGAAGGAUAUCAUGGCGAGAUCGGUCGGAGAGAGAUAUGGUUUCGCUGCUGGACGAUGAGGGUUACAGGUCAGGCUUAUGUAUGUUAAGUAGGGUUUUGGUGAUGAUAGCACUCUAUGAUAUGUAUAUUCUCUGAACAUGUUUGA